GUGAUGUUAGCGGAGCGUAAAGGGGCAGACGAGCUGUACGCCGUAAAGAUCCUGAAGAAGGAUGUAGUGAUUCAGGAUGAUGAUGUGGAGUGCACCAUGGUGGAGAAGAGAGUCCUGGCCCUGUCAGGGAAACCUCCCUUCCUCACACAGCUCCACUCCUGCUUCCAGACCAUGGACAGGUUAUAUUUUGUGAUGGAGUAUAUCAACGGAGGAGACCUCAUGUAUCAGAUCCAGCAGGUCGGCAAGUUCAAGGAACCCCACGCUGUUUUCUAUGCUGCAGAGAUCUCCAUCGGCCUCCUCUUCCUCCAUUCCAAAGGCAUCGUUUACCGGGAUCUGAAGCUGGACAACGUGAUGCUGGAUGCAGAGGGACACAUUAAGAUAGCUGACUUUGGGAUGUGUAAAGAGAACAUGUUAGACGGUGUCACCACCAAGACCUUCUGUGGGACCCCAGACUACAUCGCUCCUGAGAUCAUAGCUUACCAGCCCUAUGGGAAGUCCGUGGACUGGUGGGCCUUUGGAGUUCUGCUCUACGAGAUGCUGGCUGGACAGCCUCCGUUCGAUGGUGAGGAUGAGGAUGAGUUGUUUCAGUCCAUCAUGGAGCACCACGUCUCCUACCCCAAGUCCAUGUCCAAGGAGGCUGUCGCCAUCUGCAAAGGGUUGAUGACUAAGCACCCAGGGAAACGUCUGGGCUGUGGUCCGGAGGGGGAGAGGGAUAUAAAGGAACAUGCCUUCUUCCGUUACAUGGACUGGGACAAACUGGAGAACAAGGAAGUCCAGCCGCCCUUCAAACCCAAAGCUUGUGGUCGCGACGCAGAGAACUUUGACCGUUUCUUUACACGCCACCCCCCCGUCUUGACCCCCCCUGACCAGGAGGUCAUCAUGAACCUGGACCAGGAAGAGUUCCAGGGAUUCUCAUUUGUUAACCCAGAGUACCCCGACAUGGACUGACCAAUCACAGCGCUGCAUUAGCUCCAUGAUCCUGCCCCCUUCUUCCAGAUCUCAUUUCAUUACCAGGAUAUGGUUUAGGACCAAGGGUGUGUCCCAAUCACCUCUCCUCCCUCUUGAGCGUGCACUUGUCCACUACUCCCGAGUGGCGCGGCGGUCUAAGGCACUGCAUCUCAGUUCAAGAAGCGUCACUACAGUCCCUGGUUCAAAUCUAGGCUUUAUUACAGCGGUCUAAGGCACUGUAUCUCAGUGCUGGAGUCGUCACUACAGACCCUGGUUCAAAUCCAGGCUGUAUCACAUGAUCGGGAGUCCUAAUAGGGCGGGGCACGAUUGGCCCAGUGUCGUCCAGUUUUGGCCGGGGGUUUGACCGUCAUUAUAAAUAAGAAUUUGUUCUUAACUGACUUGCCUAGUCAAAUGAAGGUUAAAUACAUUUUUUUUUAAAUAAACACAAAUGUAAAAACAUUGUAAUGGUGUAAAGCUGGAGUAGAGCUUCCAUUUUACCACUCAUUUCCUUUCAAGUGAACAAGUGCAUACUUUGGGAGAGAAGGGGAGAGAAUUGGGGCAUAGCCUAGUCCCUACUACCCAUAUCUACUGUUCAAACCCUAACCUAAACACAGAUCUAGGAUCAGAUUCCCCCCAAUGCCCCAGUCUGAACCAUUAUGGAGAUCUGACCUCUGAUCAGCGGUUAAAGACAACUUCUACUCAACAGAACAGAAGGACCCAAUGUGUCUAUGAAAUCCUAUAAAUGCUGAAUCCAAUCGAUUUUAACUCAUCAAUAAUAAAAUCAAUCAGUUACAUUCCACCAUCAACCAAUCAAAUGACCUCCCACUGUUCUGGGACCAAUAUUGACCGACUGAUCGAACUGAUCGACUUUCUACUAUUAAUGAUCAAUCAGGGUAUUGUUUUUGUAUUGAUUAGGGAUUUACUGUCAGAAUUGUUAUGACGUGUUAGCAUGUUAGCAUGUUAGCAUCAUGUUAUUACAGGGAGGGAGGCUGAAUAUACGUAGCCUCCUUGGUACUGUCACCACCACCACCUCACACACCAUGUUACGUUACUGUAAAACUGUGCCAAAGCAGGGUCAGAGUUCAGGGUCCAGUGUCCUCCGUUACCAGGGAGACACACUGCAGCCAUUUUGUGCCACAGAGCCCAACAACCACACCUCAGAAUAGUAUUCACUGCAACUGGAAACGCACAGACACACUGCAGCCAUUUUGUGCCACAGAGCCCAAUAACCACACCUCAGAAUAGCAGUCACUGCAACUGGAAACACACAGACACACCAGGGUUCAUCUCCAGUAGUCUGUCAACCCGGUCCAACCACCCAUCUCUAGAUAUCGCUCUGAGACCAGGGCCCAUUCCCUCUAUAGUGACCUGCUAUUGACCAGAGAGGGCCCAUUCCCUCUAUAGUGACCUGCUAUUGACCAGAGAGGGCCCAUUCCCUCUAUAGUGACCUGCUAUUGACCAGAGAGGGCCCAUUCCCUCUAUAGUGACCUGCGAUUGACCAGAGAGGGCCCAUUCCCUCUAUAGUGACCUGUUAUCGGUCAGGUCCCUGGGCCAUUCCCUCUAUAGUGACCUGCUAUUGACCAGAGAGGGCCCAUUCCCUCCAUAGUGACCUGUUAUCGAUCAGGUCCCUGGCCCAUUCCCUCUAUAGUGACCUGUUAUCGAUCAGGUCCCUGGCCCAUUCCCUCUAUAGUGACCUGUUAUCGAUCAGGUCCCUGGCCCAUUCCCUCUAUAGUGACCUGUUAUUGACCAGAGAGGGCCCAUUCCCUCCAUAGUGACCUGUUAUCGAUCAGGUCCCUGGCCCAUUCCCUCUAUAGUGACCUGUUAUCGACCAGGUCCCUGGCCCAUUCCCUCUAUAGUGACCUGUUAUCGAUCAGGUCCCUGGCCCAUUCCCUCUAUAGUGACCUGCUAUUGACCAGAGAGGGCCCAUUCCCUCUAUAGUGACCUGCUAUUGACCAGAGAGGGCCCAUUCCCUCUAUAGUGACCUGCUAUUGACCAGAGAGGGCCCAUUCCCUCUAUAGUGACCUGCUAUUGACCAGAGAGGGCCCAUUCCCUCUAUAGAGACCUGCUAUUGACCAGAGAGGGCCCAUUCCCUCCAUAGUGACCUGUUAUCGAUCAGGUCCCUGGCCCAUUCCCUCUAUAGUGACCUGCUAUUGACCAGAGAGGGCCCAUUCCCUCCAUAGUGACCUGUUAUCGAUCAGGUCCCUGGCCCAUUCCCUCUAUAGAGACCUGCUAUUGACCAGAGAGGGCCCAUUCCCUCUAUAGUGACCUGUUAUCGAUCAGGUCCCUGGCCCAUUCCCUCUAUAGAGACCUGCUAUUGACCAGAGAGGGCCCAUUCCCUCCAUAGUGACCUGUUAUCGAUCAGGUCCCUGGCCCAUUCCCUCUAUAGAGACCUGCUAUUGACCAGAGAGGGCCCAUUCCUUCUAUAGUGACCUGUUAUCGAUCAGGUCCCUGACCCAUUCCCUCUAUAGAGACCUGCUAUUGACCAGAGAGGGCCCAUUCCCUCUAUAGUGACCUGCUAUUGACCAGAGAGGGCCCAUUCCCUCUAUGGUGACCUGCUAUUGACCAGAGAGGGCCCAUUCCCUCUAUGGUGACCUGCUAUUGACCAGAGAGGGCCCAUUCCCUCUAUAGUGACCUGCUAUUGACCAGAGAGGGCCCAUUCCCUCUAUAGUGACCUGCUAUUGACCAGAGAGGGCCCAUUCCCUCUAUAGUGACCUGUUAUCGAUCAGGUCCCUGGCCCAGUAGAAAGUAGUGCACUGCAUUAUCUGACCACUGCCAAACAGGGAUGUUAUAGUUGAUACUUAACCAGGGGAGUUAGUUAGUACUGGUUUAGUUAACCAUGGUGUUAGUUAGUACUAGUUUAGUUAACUAGGGGGUUAGUUAGUUAGUACUUGGUUAGUUAACCAGGGGGGUUAGUUAGUACUAGGUUAGUUAACUGGUUAUUAGUACCGGGGGGGUGGGCGGUGUUCUGUAACUGUUUAAAGAGAGAUCUGAUUAUAUUACCAGUUAAAUGUGUCAAACCUGGAAAAUACUGGAACAUUUCUUUUCUUGUGUCAAGAGUGACUGGGUAUGAUGAGGAGGAUUACAAUGAUGAUGAGGAUGAUAACAAUGAGAAUGAGGAUGGUAAAUGAGGAUAAUGAGGAUGUUGAUGAUAAUGAUAAUGAUAAUGAUGAUGAUAAUGAGGAUGGUAAUGAGGAUGAUGUUGAUAAUGAUGAUGAUCAUGAGGAUGGUAAUGAGGAUGAUGAUGAUGUUGAUAAUGAGGAUGAUGAUGGCUGAAUCUUGUUUUGUGUGUCCGCUGAGCUAAAGGCUAUAGGCCUCAUCUGAUCUUGUUUUGUGUGUCCGCUGAGCUAAAGGCUAUAGGCCUUAUCUGAUCUUGGGGAGUUAACUCAAGUGUCUACUGUCUUACAGGAAACUUACAGAGAUGUGUAACGAUGUAGGGAGAGGGGGUGUGUCGUUGAUCUUGUGUAAGUGUAAAUCUGUCUUCUGAUUGGAUAAUAUAAUAUAACUCAACUCACCUCCUGGUGCCUAACGUCUCAA